AUGUAUCCAAUGACAGCUCAGAUUGAACUCCUGACUACCUGGAAAGGGCAGUGGCCCAAUGUGCAGAUUUUUGAGCUUGAGGAGUGUCAAACAGUGAUAAGUGAACUUCAACGAUGCGGAUGUUGUGACCGAUGUAUUCUGAGACUCAUCGGAGCCAAAAGACAGUCUUCGUACAACAACCCACAGGAGGUUUUGACCCAGCUGCAAGCGACUAAAGAGAAUGGCUCUACCCCAUGCCAGGAGACCAAAGAUGAACCCCCAAAGUCUGAUGGGAAGGCACAGGUUUCAACCAAUCAGACGACAGGAGUUUGCAGUGUGUGCCUUGGCAUUCUACAGGGUCUGUGUGAAAAGAGCCAUGUGCUUGAUAUGGCACGACAGGUGCAGGAAGCUGACUUUGGCUUUGAAAACUUCACCAUGUCCAUGACGUUACCCUUGCAGCUGCUUAUCAGAGAACAAUGUAUCUUUCUUCAUUUAAAGUCAGUGUUCAGUAAACUGUACCAGAAAUCGGCUCAUCGCAUCAUUGCCACCAUCAAGGAGGUGUACAAGUGGGUCUGUGGGCCGGUCAUGGGAGACGCACUGGAUGUCAGUUUCUACUAUAAGAGUCCAAUGGAAGUUAUGGUAACGUUCACGCAUCAGGAAACAGAAGAGGAACUUGACAAACUAUUACAGCAGACUCAAGACAGUGAGCCGCCGAACAAACGAAAAAGGUUUUAUGCCAGUGCUGCCAAUGCACCGGGGAAACCAGUUGUGCUUGCCACCAUCAAAAAAUUGCCAAACAACCGUUUCAAAGAAUUGUUUCCGUGCCCACCGUCAGUUCCCCGGUCCCCGUGCGCAACUGAGGUGGCUUGCUGGUACUCCGCAGUCUUUGUUGCAGGACGAUACAACAAGUAUUCACGCCAGCUCAGCCAGACUCCCUGGCUGAUAGACGGGGAGCGUAAGACUGAGUCAUCCAUGCAGGAGAUACUGUGUGAUCCCAUCAAGGAACUCUUCAAGGCAUCAGAUUUCAAGUUCUCAGCCUCUGGUAGGGAAGAUGUCGAUGUCAGAACACUUGGAAAUGGAAGGCCGUUUAUUGUGGAAAUACUGAACUCAAGACGGCCGAUACCACCCCAAGAGGAACUCACUGCAUUGCAGAAGAGUAUCAACAGGAGUACACAAGACGCUCGUGUAAGGGAUCUCCAGUGUAUUGACAGGGAGGACACCAAUAAAUUAAAAGAUGGCGAGGAAAUCAAAACCAAAUCGUAUAGCGCCCUCAUAUGGUCAUCAGAUGAACAGACAGAAGAAAGUUUAGCAUUUCUUGCUGACAUCAAGGAACUAGUCCUUCAUCAGAAGACUCCAGUACGUGUGCUGCACAGGCGCCCUCUAGCGACACGAGAUCGAAUUGUACACAACAUGUCUGCCACAGUCAUUGACGCUCAUCAUUUCAGAUUGUUUCUCAAAACGCAAGCUGGCACCUACAUCAAGGAGUUUGUUCACAGUGACUUUGGUCGGACUAAACCCUCCCUCGGCACUCUCUUGAAAUGUGAUGUGGACAUCCUAGAAUUGGACGUUGAGUCAGUUGACUUGGACUGGCCUCCAUCCCUUCCUGAUGAUGAUGUCAGUGAUGACAACAAUAAGAAGCAACCAGCAGGAGACAGCAACACAUGAAGAUAGGUCUCACAGAUAAGUGAGUUGGGGGGGGGGGUUGAAAUUUAGAGGUCAGGCUUUUAAGGAACCUGUCUUGUGCCUUACAUGCCAUUCUGCAACCCGAGUUCCAAUCCUGCUGGAGUUGACAUAUGGGGUGAAUCAGCAUUCAUGUUGCCAUGCGCAUGCAUCUCCAACUUUACUAAGAUGGUCGGCGCGGCGGAGGUUUUGGCACACUUUCUUGAUAACAGCGAAAUGGGUUUGAAUCCUACUUGUGUCGUAGACAAAAAUGUCACAUGAAAUUCAGAGUUUUAAUGACUCGAGUCAAUGACUCGACUCGAGUCCGACUCGAGUCACAUUUUUGGCGACUCGACUCGACUCGAGUCGAGUCCCGACGGGUAAAUGACUCGACUCGACUCGAGUCA